AUGGCUACCAUACUCCGCAACCCACUGGCUGUACGACCCCACCCUCACCAAUCAGCGUCGAUCUCCCCAUACCAGACGACAUUGAGGAGAGCCACUCCUGCCACUGCCAUCAAACGUCCUCGAUCUCCAGAACCUGGAGGCGCUGCUCAUCUUCAGAGCGCGAAACGUCACAAGGCUGCAGUACAACAACACACAGCAGCGCGCGAGGAUGCGAAGAAGGAGAAGGAGCGCAAGCGCAUCGAGCGCGAGGAGGAGUUCAAGAUCAAGUACUCGCGCGCAUUUCCGACUUUCGUGUUCUACUUCGACAUGGACACCUUCGCCACGGACGUCGCCGCCAUGAGGCACGUGUUGGAAAGGCGGGUAACACAGAUGGGCGCGCGGGUGGACGACUUCUUCUCGCGAGACAUCACGCAUCUGAUCACUUUCCAGCCGGAGGAGUCAAACAAGGAAAAUGUGACCCAGACUAUCAAUCCCACAUCUCUGUUGGGAAGUCCGAUCAGGCUCAAGGGGCGGGCCAAGAUAGAUGUCUCGGGUACAGCGUUGGGGAACAUCGUACAGAAGGCUCUAGCUUUCAACAUCAAAGUCUGGAAUCCAGCUAAGCUUGAAAACGUGCUGGAACGAUGUCAGGGUCCUGCUGGGGCCGGCACGACGUCAAAGGGUGAUCUCAAGGGCAUGCUGCUAUCUGAACGUCUGCAUGGCACAACGGAACGCGACCCGACGCAGCGGCGGCAUGACUACGCGUACUUCUCGAAGAACUCCUGCUUCGUGCUUGUCGAGGACAUGCGGCAGGACCUUGCGACGAUCGCAGCGUCAGAGUACCCGUGCACGAAGACGCGGGACGGCACGAUCAAGGGCCCGUGGCCGAUCCUCUACUGCCACCCGAAGGCGCGCGGGCCGUUCAUCCCGUUCGACGAGCGGGAGGACCGUCGCCGCCAGAAAGCUGAUCGCGCCGAGCGCGAACGCGAGCACGAGCGUGCGCGGCGCAAGGCGCGGUUGCAGCGGCAGGAGCGCCUCCGCAGGACGCAGGCACGCCUGCAAGAGCAGCAGAAGCAGCAGCACGACCUGCGGCGCUGCGCAUCGAUGAACAACCUCCAGCGACGUUCGGCGUAUCCCGACCCCAGCAUGGAGGGCUUCAUCGACCUCGACGCGGAUGACACGACGGAGUCGGCGAACGCGUCAGGAUACCUCGCGUCGGGCGCGUAUAUAGCUGCGUCCGGGAACAGUGUCGGCAUCACUUCGACGACCGGCACCACGUCGGCCGCGGCAGGGCCCCUGCGCAUCCGCGAGCUUCCCUCACGGUUGAAGGGGCGGCUUCAGCAGCAGGUCGUGACGUCGCGAAGGGUCACUAUGAGCAUUUUAUCCGGAGGGAAAGAGAAUCAGAUGGGCCCGCCGCCCACCUUGCCCGACAGGCCGCACGUGCUCCGCAAGAGUCGCAGUACGAAUACGUUGCGGCUCCCGAAACGAGAGGAGGGGACUAAGCCUGGAUACUGUGAGAGCUGCAGAGUGAAGUUCACGGACUUCAUAGAGCAUAUUAACACCCGCAGACAUCGCAAAUUCGCCCUGGACGACAGCAACUUCGUGCAGUUGGACUAUGUGCUCGAGCGCGUGAAACGCCGGACGAUCGAAGAGGUCGCGGAGGAGAAUAGGCUCUGGUCAUCACGGCUUAACUCGCGAGAAGGGGACGAUGGCGAUGAGGAUGCGGAGAUGAUGCUGCCGAUGCCUGAUGCCGUGAUGGGCGAGGACGUGCGAUGGGAUGAGUGGGUGGAUGGGAUGUAG